CUUGGUUUAUUGGCUGUACUUUGAACUUUACAAUAAUUUUGUCUUGUGCAUAGAAAUGCUUUACAGAAUGAAUAUACAAGUAUUGAAAAAGUAAACGUUGAUCGAAUAAAUAACUAAGGCCAAGGUCAUCUCAGUCAGUGAUGUCGAAGAUGGCCUACUUCAUGCACACUUUGGGCGUCUCAGAGACGUCUGAUUUAAAUAGCAAGCAUGUUGAUCUCGUCCGUGUUUACAUUAAACAACACAUGAAAGUGUUAGUGUCAUGCUUCACGCAGUGUCCUGUAGUCUAUAGCGAAACACUUAGAGUUCACGAUUUUUUUAAAAUUAGAAUUUUUUAGGUGAAAUUUCCAAAAGUUUUGAAGAUAUAGUUAGAAUUGACGCAGUCUUCAAGAUUUCAAACCACAUGAUGUUGUAAAUAGGUGGUAGAUCUCUGGACAACGAGUUCGCCGCACAUGUGUACCCUAUGACCCUCAUCAUGCACCAAUGAUACAUAUUUCUGAAAUGAAUGCAAAAAGGAAAAUCCGGAAAAGAAAAGUUGAAGAAUCAUUGCUGCUUAACUCUGAACAAAGAGAGUCUGAUGAAAAGGAGAAUUUUGAAGCAAAAUUCAUUAAUGAAGAAAUAGGGCAAGGUGUAUUUGCCAAAAAAAAAUUUAUUGAAGGGGAGAUACUACUAGAAUAUAGGGGAGAACUCAUCGAAGGAGAUUUUGAUUCUGAAGAUGACACAUAUGUUUUUCAAUUACACUUUAAAAGAAAGCAAUUUUGCAUUGAUGCUACAGAAAACAGAUCAUUUGGAAGAUUACUAAAUGAUGAGCACAAAAAACCAAAUUGUAAAGCAACGAUAAUUGAAGAAGAUGGUAAACCCCAUGUAUAUUUUGUUGCUGUCAGAGACAUAAACACUGGGGAAGAACUACGAUAUAACUAUGGUCCAGGAAUUUAUAGUUGGAGAACCUCUAAAACGCGCCAAAGAUGCAAAAUAGGUGGAGACAAAGACUCUAAGCAAGGAUCCACCAACAAAGAUUCACACUCUACACGAGGAGCCACCACCAAAGAUUUAGACUCUCCAAGAGGAUCCACCACCAAAGGUUCACAUUCAGGCUCUCCGCGAGGAGUCACCACCAAAGAUUCAGACUCUAUGGGAGGAUCCACCACCAAAUAUUCACAUUCACACUCUACGCGAGGAUCCACCACCAAAGAUCCACACUCAGACUCUACACAAGGAGCCACCACCAAAGAUUCACACUCAGACUCUACACAAGGAGCCACCAUCAAAGAUUCACGCCAAGACUCUACACAAGGAGCCACCACCAAAGAUCCACACUCAGACUCUACACAAGGAUCCACCACCAAAGAUCCACACUCAGACUCUACACAAGGAGCCACCACCAAAGAUUCACACUCAGACUUUACACAAGGAGCCACCACCAAAGAUUCACACUCAGACUCUACACAAGGAGCCACCACCAAAGAUUCACACUCAGACUCUACACAAGGAGCCACCACCAAAGAUUCACACUCAGACUCUACACAAGGAUCCACCACCAAAGAUCCACACUCAGACUCUGCACAAGGAGCCACCAUCAAAGAUUCAAACCAAGACUCUGCACAAGGAGCCACUACCAAAGAUUCAGACUCUACAGGAGGAUGCACCACCAAAGAUUCAGACUCUCCGCAAGGAGCCACUACCAAAGGUUCACAUUCAGACUCUAUGCGAGGGGCCACCACCAAAGAUUCAGACUCUCCACGAGGAGCCAUCACCAAAGAUUCAGACUAUCCACGAGGAGCCACCACCAAAGAUUCAGACUCUCCGCGAGGAGCCACCACCAAAGAUUCAAACUAUCCACGAGGAGCCACCACCAAAGAUUCAGACUCUACACGAGGAGCCACCACCAAAGAUUUAGACUCAGACUAUAUGCAAGGAGCCACCACCAAAGAUUUAGACUCAGACUCUAUGCAAGGAGCCACCACCAAAGAUUUAGACUCAGAUUCUAUGCGAGGAGCCACAACCAAAGAUUUAGACUCAGACUCUAUGCGAGGAACCACCACUAAAAAGUCAGAGUCUACACGAGGAGCCACCACCAAAGAUUCACGCUUAGAAGGUAUAUAA